UUGUUCAGAUGACGAAAGAAAAUGAUCUGGAACUGAAAGUUAGACACGGCUCUAGUCAUAACCUUUUAAGUUUUAGCCUGUUUUGUUUGUAUUAUUUGCUAAUGGAAGUGCAUUUAUUAUACACCCCGUCGCCUUAGCACCGCUCGGUGUUGAUGUAAAUACAGCACAGAGGUUUCCAGACUGUAAAGUGAGGUAAACCGGGUGUUUUCAGUUUCAUUUCCGCCCGUCUUAAACUCACCUGGCAAAUACUACAACCAAGAAUCAUGGACUCAGAAAACAACCAAGCCGCAGGAAGUGAUGUGGAAUCGGACAAUGAGACCUAUGAGAGGCCCCCGUCCAGUUAUGGUUCGAUGAAGAGUGAAUGUGAUGAGAUGGAGAAGAGCGAUGAAGAGGAGGAAGGAGGGGAAGGAAUUGCUGAAGUGGUGUGUUUUGCAGCACCGGAUCCUCCUGCUCCUCCAGUUAUUGGGUCUCAGAUGGGGCACUCUCUGUAUACAGAGACACUCUGCACUGAAGCCACUGAGCAGACCAGGCCACCAGGAGGGCUGGUGAUUGAUGCCGGCUCUGAAGAACUUGAUGACAUCGAAGAUGCAGAAUUGGAUGACGACGAUGAACUUUUGACAACUUGUUCUCCUGAACCACCCGAGCCUCUUGAAAUGGAAGGUUUGCCUCAGGAGGAUGAGAGCAGCCAGCUAGGAAAACUAGACCCAGAAUUGGAUUUGCCUUAUAUAUUCAAAAGUAUCCAGGAAGUUAUAUCCCGGCUCAACAACGAUGAGAUGUUCAAGUUUAAGAUAUGGUUUAAAAAAUGGGAGCCGCUUGCCGUCUUGCAGGAAGUCCUGGACGGAGAUGUUCUCGAUUUUGUGGAUAAGAUCAUUGAACUGUUUGGCCAGGACAAAGCCCUGUCAAAGACAAUAAGCACGCUUGAAAGAUUGGAGAAGACAGAGGAGAUUAAUGAACUGCAGACAAAGUGUGCAAAAGCUAUAUUUCGCUUUUACCUGAAAGAGUAUUUAUUUCGUAAAAGUCAAAUCACUCACGAGGGGGUGCCUCAACCCGGAAAGCAGCAGUUUCUGAAUGCCGUGUAUGUGGCGCCUCAGAUUUCCAUCCGUGGCUUUGGAGGAGUUGACCCAUCUCAUGAGAUCUUGGCACAAACCCCGAAACCUAUCCAAGUCCCCAGUGAGGACUCGUUAGUUGCCCUGAACAAUCUGUUCCGACUGCAGAAAGAUGACGGCUCACCGGUGAAGACGGUCGUAACCACGGGGAUCCCAGGAGUCGGGAUGUCUGUCUCUGUGUCCAAGUUCUGUCUAGACUGGUCAGAGGAAAAGGCCAACAGGGAUAUUCAGUACCUCUUGAAGCUUUCGUUCCGGGACCUGCGGCAUUUCCGGCAGAAAGAAUAUGAGGAGGAAGGCAUAUCAAUGCAAGAGAUAUUGGAGUAUUGCCACGCUCCUAUAAAGGGUCUGAACAUACUGCAAGAAGAGAACGCUAAAUAUGUCAUCAUAAUGGACUGUUAUGAUUGCUACGAGGCGCCUCUUGACUUUCAGAAAGCUCCGGCGAUUACUGAUAACAACACCAAAACACACAUAGAUACGCUGAUUGUUAACCUCAUACGAGGAAAUUUGCUUCCGAAUGCUCGACUCUGGAUCCUGGGAAGACGAGCAGCGAUCACAGAGAUACCGUCUAAGUUUGUAGAUGUUGUCGCUGAGCUGCAGGGUUUUAGUGAUGAGAUGAAAGACGAAUACCUGACCAAACGCUUUACUGACCCUCAGUUAGCAGCGAAGAUUGUGAGACACUACAAGCGUGUGCCGAUAAUUCAGAUUCUUGCUCGGCAGCCGUUUUUCACCUGGAUGGUGGCAAAAAUAUUCAAGAGCUGCUAUAAGCAGGGGAACUAUGGAAGCAACAAGCCCAGAGUGACGCCGCUUCUCAUCCACUUUAUUAUCAUUCAGACGAAUCGCAUGCUGAAGUUUUACUUCAGAAAGAGGGAUAAUGAGAAAUGGACUGACGUUGAGGUUAACUUGCUGAGAAUGUUAGGGAAGAUGUCCUUCAAGAUGCUGGAGAAGAACACCAACGUGUUCACAGAGGAGGAUGUGAAGGACGUGUCUCUGGAGCUGAACGAGGUGGUUAUGUUCUCGGGCCUUUGUACUGAGCUCGUUCCUACAGCCAUCACUGGGAAAAGGACUUUCUGCUUCUCUCACUACACCAUUCAGGAGUUCAUGGCUGCUCUGUACGUCUUCUUAGCGUUCUACCUGGACUCUAAGAACGUUCUGGAGAGUGGCUUCCUGCCCAGAGUCUUGUUAUAUAAAUACAAUGGCAAAUCAGCUGCAGGCCUUGUGCAGUGCGCUGUGGCCCGGACCCUGGGCUCUAAGCUGGGACAUUACGACAUGUUCCUGCGUUACUUGUGUGGCCUGUUCUCCCUACAUUGCCACAACAACCUGCUCCAGGGCUUCCUGUAUUCACACGGCAUGCCAAAGGUGGAAGGACUUGGGGAGGUGGAGCAGUUGCUGGAGCACACCAUCCAGACCGCUCCUGAAGAAAGGAAGCGGAAUCUGUACGAGUGCCUUAGAGAGAUGACCCAGGAAGAUGAAUGAGCUGAGUUUAGAGGACGGCAUGUAAUGGAUGAAGGCUGUUUUGAUUUCAUUCAACUAUGUUUUAAAUAAGGUGAAGUUGGAAAUAACUGAAAACUAACAUUAAGAGACAAUCAUUAAAGCAGUACUUGCUUUUAUUAUGAUGAAACAAAGAAUACUCUAGUGUUUUAGCUGCACCAGACGGCAUAAAAUGUUCUUUUAUACAUUCUAAAGGUAGACCUUUUACAGCACUGUGGUAUGUGUAUCCAGUCCUACACAGAUUACAUUUAAAAUACUCUGUGUCUCUGGUUUUUCUCAUUUCAUUUCGUUCUCCAUUUCAGUCUGGCGUCAUCUUAUUUUUGUCCAAUCACUGGAUAACUUCUUAAUUUUCCUAAGCAGAGAGAAAUUACACUGGAUUUAAGGUUAAGGUUUGGGAUCCUCAAAUCCAAUCCUCCAGGCCCAGUGUCAUGUUAGAUGUCUCUACUUCAACACACCUGAGUCAAGUAAAUGAGGUCAUUAGGAUUCUGGAGAACUUGACGGCAGAUGAUUUAGCCACCUGAUUGAGGUGUGUUGAAUCCUGGCCUUUGGGGAUUGGAUAUGAGGACCUCUGGUUUAGAUAAUAAAUGGAGAAAUGAUACAGAAGUGAACAGACUUUUGAGUGUUUGCAGAAGAAAGCAAAAUUGAGAAAGAAGAGUCCAAAGAUCAUCUGCUUUCCUUCUCUUUCACAUUUCCUUAAACUUGGUAGAAGGUUGUUUUUUCUACUUUUGCUUGUUUGAAUAUUUUCUUCUAGUUGUGUUGACUUUUCUAAACAUUGUUAUUGAUUAUGCUUGGUGAAUGUAAGAGGGCAUAUAAAGAGUUUUUCUUACUUUAAUAUAAUAUUUGAUUGUCUGGAUCUGUAUUUUUUGGCUUUAUUCCUGAAGGUUAAUUAAAAUCGUCAGUAGCAAUGAAAUCCAAACACAAAGCUGCUGUUGCCACAGCUGAGGAUGUUUUCUAGAGAAAGAUUCUCUUUUAUAUUGGUUUUUCUGCUUCUCCUACGUUCCAGAGAAUGAACAUCAAUGUGUGAUUUGACUCCCAGUAUAAGGUUCCCAUUUUCAAAAAGGACUUGACUACAUUUACUUAGUGUAGUUUUUAUGGUUGUUGUUUUACCCCAUUUUCAAUUUGUACUUUCUUAAAAUCAACACUAAAUAAAUAUAGUCAAGCUC